AUGGCCACAAACACAGACGCUCUACGCCCCGACAAUGUGCUGGCACUUGCAGAUCACGCUCUGCGGGGCGAUGAGACCACUGAGUUCAGCCUCAAAUCUCCUUACGAGGCCAUCGCCCUCAUCGGCCACGCUUCGAGCUCCUCAGACAAUCCCUCUUUGCCAUCAGAAUGGAACGUGAACGACACCAUCUCCUUCCGGUACGCUCACCCUCGAUCAUCCAUGCAGUAUCUCCUUAAAAUCAAUCGACUAGGGAGCAAUGCUGUCAUUUUGGCCCUGGCUUUAGGUGAUGACAAGCCUACGUCGUUUGAUGUUACCGCCAAUGACUUUAUCUCGCCGUCCUCUCUACCCAUAUCCUCUAGUGCGGAUUUGCCACCAGCCCGCUUGAGCGAAGUAUUUAUAUCUCCAUCGCGCUUAAAUGACUUGAUAGCAUUGUUCAAGAUCAAUGUUAUCCAAAAGCUCGCCCCUGGAGUUUACAAAGAAGGUUACGAAGUCUCUAGUCAGACCACACGGGAAUCUCGAGAGAGGCCUCUUCCACGCAAUCCUUUGAGAGAUGACCCUAUUCCUCGACCAUCUCGUCCCUAUCCUUUAUAUGAUCCCUUAGCGGCAGAACCACGCCGGCCUGUACCUCCGGGAGACUUCGCCCCACCGGGGUUUGAAGACGAAUUUGAGAUCCAGAGACCGCCCCGAGGAUACCCACCUGGCUGGGGGGGUAGAAACCCCCUGAAUAUCGGAGACCGAGACCUGUAUCCCCCUGGUCUUGGCCCCCAUGACCCUCUGAGAGGUGGUAUCGGUCCUGGCCUAGCACCUGGAGGGGGUGGAAUGCACCCAACCUUUGAUGAUCCCCUAUUCGGUGGCGAUAGAAGUAACAGUGGGUAUGACCCGCAGAUACCACCUGGAGCACGAUAUGAUCCGGUCGGACCUGGAGAUGCACCAUUCGGACCAGGCCGCAGGCCUUUUGGUGGAGGAGGAGCUGGUGGACGCGGCGCAGGUGGAGGAUUCGGCGGUUUUGGCGGUGACAUCAUUUAA